GAACAAUGGGUUAUCAUUGAUGCCCAGCUUCUUGCAUCUCUCCUUGCCCUCCUCUCACCGAAAAUAUGGAAUCUGAUCCAUCUCUGCUCUACCGCUGCUAAAAUUUGGAGUCUCCUACACCAAUGGUAUAAUUUUUAUCCCGCAUUCAUAUUUUUCAACUCAAAGAACUGCUUCUCAACCUCAGAAAAGAUCAAUCUACCAUGUUUCCUCUUCCUUACUAUAUGAAGAACUUAAUAUUCAACUUGAGCAGAAGUUGCAUCUGAGUUCGUCCAACGUUGUGCAUACGGACCUGAUCUAUGUUGCCCCUAGCCGAGAGGAUAGUCGACGAGGCUGGGGUUGCGGUCGGUUCUCUGGCAACCGAGGAGGAAGACAAGGGGUGGACACGCAGUAGUGCUUCCUCGGUUGCACCAGUCGCCAACAGGCGUCUAGAUGGUAAAGUGGCAUUGAUCACUGGCGGCGCUAGUGGCAUUGGCGAAACCACGGCGAGACUAUUCGUUAAACAUGGUGCAAAAGUCAUCAUCGCUGACAUCCAAGACACACUAGGCAAUUCAAUCUCCACCGAGAUAAGCGGGGGCGAUCCUGCCAUCUGCUGCUACGUUCACUGCGACGUGACCAUCGAUUCGGAUGUUCAGGCUGCAGUGGACUUUGUCAUCUCAAUGCACGGCAAGUUAGACGUGAUGUUCAGCAACGCCGGUAUCGGAGGGAACCACGGAGUGUCCGUCCACGACAUCGAUGAGGACGACCUCCGCGGCGUGUUCGACGUGAACGUCUUCGGCGCGUUCUGGUGCGCGAAGCACGCCGCGAGGGUGAUGGCCCCGGCGAAGAAGGGGAGCAUCGUGUUCACCGCCAGUGCCGCCACCGUGUCGAGCGGGUACCUCCCGUACGCCUACAUGGCGUCGAAGCACGCGGUGGUGGGACUGGCGAAGAACCUCGGGGUGGAGAUGGGGAAGCACGGGGUGAGAGUGAACUGCAUUUCCCCUACUUAUCUGGCGACGCCGUUGACGAUCGACAGAUUCGGCGGGGAUAAGGAAGCGGUGGAGGGGUUCGCGUGCGAAAUGGCGAACUUGAAAGGGGUGGUGCUGGAGGCGGAGGACGUGGCGGCGGCGGCGGUGUUUCUUGGGAGCGACGAGUCCAAGUAUAUUAGUGGGACUAAUCUUGUGAUUGAUGGUGGACUUUGUACUACUAAUUUUGCCACUUCAUUGGCCCUGGAUAAACUAUCUUCAUGAGAGGAUCAGCGUUAGAGAUUAGCGUUAGCGUUUUGAGAUGGCUAUUCGAGAUUAGUCUUUAACGUUAGCGCUAUCAGAAUUAAUCCAUACCAUUCAAAUUUUAUCCAAAACGGUAACGCUAAUCGAAAACGUUGUUUCCAAACAAGGCCAUAAUAUUAAUUACUCCGUAAUUUGUUUCAAUUUUAAUUGUUGGCUUAAAUAAUACGUUUGCAAUGAUACGAUAAUUAUUGGGGAUUUGUAAACGGUGUUUCUCCUUGUAGUGUGAAAAUGUACCAAAGCUAUAUGCUCCGUAUUACCAUGACAUCAUGCAUUCCAUUUGUGAUUUCUUUUUUAUAAAUACAGAACGUAUUA